GCUCCAUUGCCACCAAUCUGAGCGUUCCGCUCGGAACUGCCGGUCGUCCGCGCGGCUGCGAGAAUGGCGCCCUGAUGGGCAACUUCGGCAUGUUCAUCCAGGGCUUACUCGGUGUAGUGGCCUUCAGCCUCUUGAUGUGAGGAAAUGGCAGAGGCUUUGAAUGACGUUUUUGGGUUGGUCUUCAUGGUGGAGGACAUGUCUAACAUGACAAAGAGAGAUGUUAUGAAUGCAAUGGGAGUGAAACGUUUUCGAGAGCCAAAGUACGAGAGGCGACCGUGGAAGAUAUGGUUUUUGGAUACCUCAAAGCAGGCAAUUGGCAUGCUCUUUAUCCACUUUGCCAAUGUUUACUUGUCGGACCUGACUGAAGAGGACCCAUGUUCACUGUAUCUGAUAAAUUUCCUUCUGGAUGCCACACUUGGUAUGCUCCUGAUCUAUGCUGGAGUGCGAACAGUAGGUGUCCUCGUUGAAUGGCAACAUUGGGAUUCUCUUCGUUUUGGAGAGUAUGGAGAUCCACUGGAAUGCAGUGCUUGGGUUGGACAGUGUGCACUUUACCUAUUGAUUAUGAUGUUGGAGAAGACCGUGGUAAUUAUUGUGCUGCUUUGGCCUCAGUGGAAGAAGGUGGCUCUACUCAAUCCAAUUCAGAACCCACAGUUGGAACUGGCAAUUGUGAUGCUGAUCGUCCCUUUUUUUGUCAACGCAUUAAUGUUUUGGGUGGUGGAUAAUUUUCUAAUGAGGAAAGGGAAAACUAAAGCUAAACUGGAAGGAGAAGGUGGAGAGGACGAAUCUCGAAGCAGCAACAAAGUCCGAUACAGAAGAGCGGCAUCACACGAGGAGUCCGAGUCUGAGAUUCUCAUUUCAGCCGACGAUGAGUUGGAUGAAUCUGAAGCUGAUGAAGACUUUAGGAGACUGACAAACAUAAAGCCUAUUAAAAAGAAAUUACGAUUCGGAGGCCUCCCUGUAUGACCCAGAAUGAGCACAGUGCUUUGUAUCUCAGAGUUAUGAAGAGAGUCACACUAUCAUGAGGGAUUUUUUCCUGUCAUUUACUACACUGUGAAAAUGAGCUGCAGAUCGUGUGUAGAGCAGCACAGGGAUCUGAAUGAUGACUAGGCUGAGGUCAAGCUGCUUGUGUUUGUGACCUCAGCUCUCCACUUUGCCCUGAUUCCAAACAUUCGUGAUCAAAGUCACACUGAAAAUGUACUGGACCAUUGGGUGUAGGAGAACAGUUUUCUUUCAGCACAUCAUACACAUCAUAUUUUAGUUCUUUGUGUUAAGUUAUUAAAUCUGAUGCACAGUUUGUCUGUAUCUUUAACAUAUUGAGCAAGACUCCAAAUUUUCAUCUCUCAACGACAACAGUAACUGUAUAUAUGGCACAAUGUGCUUAUGAAAUAGAAUUUUGUCAAGACAAAAAUUUGGCAAUUACCAAAUCAAAAAUGCUGGAACAAAUAUUUGUAGUAGAAGAGCAUGAAUAUGGUAAAUGAAUUACACAUUCACUGUUGCUGUCUUCUGAUCGUCCUGUAUUCUCCAUCCAUUCUCUUGGCACCUCCCCUCCACACUUCUUCAUUCCCCUCUGAUCAUCCACUUUUCCAUCCCUCAACUCCGCACCCCAAUCACUAUUCCCCUUCUAUACUAGACCAUUUUAUUACAGGGUGAGAAUUUUUGCUCCAUUUAUGAAGUGUUUUGUAUUUUUGGAUGGGUAUGAGGCAAGUAAUGACAUUGGUUUUUGUCAGUUGAAUUAAGUGGCAUUUUGCAGCAGAAUUAUCAAUGGACUACAAAGAUCACCAAAAGCAUUAAAGGGCAAUUACCCAUUAAUGUCUGACAGUAGUCAAUAUUCCGUAAAGGGAUAUAUUUGUAAAGGUAUUCCCAGUCUAAACCAUGCCAGUUUUGGCAGAACAACUUAACUGAUUAGUGACAGUUUAUUGAAGCUCCAUGUUCAAUAUCAAGAUCUGAAAGUCUAAUUCUUAUUUUAAAAGAACCUUAACAGAAACAUCCCUAUCAAUAUUUUGUGUAAGUAGGCAUGGAAGGUACAAUCAUUGUGGCACUUUUUGAAACAGGGUGUUUUACUAUAUCUGUCCUGGAUGGGUUUUCUGGGCUUGUGUACUGAAGACAAUGUUCUGUAUCUGAUCUGUACUGAGUUAGUAUACUGAAGACGGUACUCUGUAUCUGAUUGGUUCCCUGCCCCACUGACUUUGGAGUUUUUAAUGUUGUUGCUGGGCACCUGAGUUGAUGUUCCAGUUCUAACAGGGAUGUUAUGCAAUUUAAGGAUACUAACUUAAUUGUACAUAUAAAUCACAAUAUAAUUUCAAAAGACUGUUAACUCUGUUAAAGAAUAUUGGGUUUUAUGAGUGGUUUAAAAGAUUUCUUCAUAGUUUAUUGAAAACGAGAUUCAGUUCCAAUGACACACCAGUGGUGUACUUUGUGAUUCCUUCACAGUGAAUCUAUUACCAAGUCAUUGUCCUCCACUGAAUGAUACACCCCCUUCCUCAGCUAACCACCAGGUUACAGCUAACACCCAUUGUCUUUUCCUGCAACCAGCCUUGAAAUCUUUGGCCUUAAUGAUCUAGAAGCUGUUUUUUAAAUUUAAAAUUAACCUUUCACUUGGAUUUCAGAAAUUGGAUGACAAUGAAUUUAGAGAAUGAUUUGGCUAUUUGAAUUGUGGUUAAAACUAAAGCUUGUAUCAAAGGCAUGGCAAUAAGUGCAAGAUGGUGGAGAGGGGGAUUCUGAGAGUAAAGUGUAAGGGUGGGUAGAGAACCCUGGUACUGCAGUAAUAAAGGAAAUGCAGGAGAGAUGGUCAAGGACAGGGAAGGAGUUGCAUUGUUGAAGGGAGAAAGUGGGAACUGAGGAAGGGAGAAAGCUGGAUGUGAGAGGAGAGGUGGACAAGGGAGGAGAUGCAUUGUUGGAGGGAGAAAGUAGGGAUCGAGGAAGGGAGAAAACUGGAUGUGAGAGGAAGAAAAGACACACUGGUGCUUCUGAACAGGUAAGGAAAAAGUUGAGGGUGUCGGGAGCACUAUAGAGUAGUGGUGAUUUGGGAGGAGGUCGGCAGUGGCAAUGACUAGGGUGACUGACAAGAAUUUGAUAGGAUGCUGACACUUUCUUUGAUCCAUAUCAAGGUGAUGCAGCCUAUUUAGUCUAUGCCAACUUAUCAAGACAAUCCCAUUCCUCCACUAAUUUACCCUACAACCUAUUCACCUCAAUUCACUUCAACUACUGCUCACUAUACAAACAUGGGGCAAUUUGUAAUGAUCAAUCUUAAGCAUGUGGAAGUUUACAAGGGUUUCUAGUGGUCAUUAGAAGGACAUGCAGACCACACUGGAGGUCAGGAUUGAACCUCAGUCAUUGAAGUGUGAGGCAGCAACUUCACUAACUGCACCAUCCUCUACUGCCCUAAACCUUUUCCUUGUGUAAUUAAUCAUGGAGCCUGUCUUCAAGAUAAUUCACAAAUAAAACUAUCAGAACAUUCUGGCAUUGACUAUACACUUCUCAAGAUAGAAAUAUAUCAGAUAAGUAGCAAUUUAAUCAAUUUUUUUGUGGGAUUCAAUUUUAUAUGUAGCUAAUAUUUAUCCUGACAUUCCAUCUAGCCAUUGGAUAAAAGGAUAUUUGAAAUUAUUUUUCAUAAUUGUUCACUAUACAUGUAAAUUAGUAAAGUGUGUUGCCUUACAUUUCUAAUAAGAUUGAAAACCAUAAGAUAUAGGAGUAGAAUUAGGCCAUUUGGCCCAUCAAGUCUUCUCCACCUUUGAUAGUUUCUGAUCCCUUUUUUCCUCUCAGCCCCGAUCUCCUGCAUUCUCCUGGUAUCCCUUCACGCCCUGACCAAUCAACCUCUGCCUUAUACCCAAAGACUUGGCUUCCACAGCUUCCUGUGGCAACAAAUUCCAUAGAUUCACCAGUAUCUGGCUAAAGAAAUUGAUCCUCAUCUCUGUUCUGAAAGGACGCCCCUCCAUUCUGAGGCUGUGUCCAUUAGUCCUAGAGGACACAUCCUCUCCACAUGAACUCUAUCAAGGCCUUUCACCAUUCAAUAGUUUUCAAUUAGGUCACUCCUUAUUCUUCUGAACUCUAGUGAAUACAAUCCCAGACCCAUCAAACGCUCUUCAUAUGACAAACCGUUCAAUCCUGGAAUCAUAGAAUCCUGAACACUGUCCUUUAACUGGGUUUUUGGUUUAUAGUAUAGUUCUUUCGAGGGGCCGAAUGGUCUACUUCUGCACCUAUUGUCUAUUAUCUAUUAUUGUCUAUUAUAAGUGUCAGAGCUUUGGAUAAAGUGCCUCUUAUAAACCCAGUCUCAUCUGAGAAAGUCAUGCUAGAAUGAAAUGGUGAGUUUGAGAUAGAAACAUAGAAAACCUACAGCACAAUACAGGCCCUUCAGCCCACAAAGCUGAACAUGUCCUAACCUUAGAACUACCUAGGCUUACCUAUAGCCCUCUAUUUUUCUAAGCUCCAUGUAUCCAUCCAGGAGUCUCUUAAAAGACCCUUAGAUCCUUAACUUUGAGUGAUUAUUUGGCUAUACUUAAAAUAUUCUUCACAAAUGUGUUCUGAUUUUAUGAAGUUGUAUGAGCUCAAGCUACCAGAAUAAUGCAUUGUGACAGAUCAUUUCUAAACUGUUCAGUUGCAAGUUGAAUGAAAUUAAAAUUGUCUACUGCUUGAACUGCAUGGCGCCUUACUGAUGCCCCUUUUGAGCUUUGAAUCAAAGUUAUUUAGCAGAGUGCUAGUUGACACUCUACAACAUCAGUAUGGUGACAUAUUUUCUCUACGAGAGUUGUUAGGAAGAUGAAUGGUGUGUUGGCCUUCAUUAGUUGGGGGAUUGAGUAGAAGAGCUGUGGGGUAAUGUGGCAGCUCUGUAAAAUUCUGGUGAGACCAUAUUUGGAAUAUUGCGUUCAGUUCUGGUUGCCUCAUUAUUAUAAGGAUGUGGAAGCUUUAGAGAGGAUGCAGAGAAAAUUUACCAGGAUGCAAACUGGAUUAGAGAGGUCUCUUAUGAGAAUAGGUUGACCAAGCUAGGACCAGAGGUAUACAAGAUUAUUAGAAGCAUUGAUAGAUUGGACAGCCAGGGUGGCAAUGGCUAAUAACAGAGAAAGUCCAUUGAAUGUGAGUGGAGAAAAGUAUAGGGGGGAUGUCAGAGGUAGGUUUUAUCUGAGUGGUGGUGUGCGGGGAAUAUGCUGCCAGGGUGGUGCUAGAGGCAGUUGCAGCUGAGACAUUACAACAGGUUAAUAUGAAAUUGUGAGUCGAAUGACCUGUACUGUGUUCUGUUUUCUUGAUCAUGGUUGUCGUGCCUCCAUUAUAUUAUUUCCAUGAACUGGUAUUUAUGUAAAUUAGAAAAGUCUCAAGUAACUUGUUGACGACUGGCUUCAUCAGGCAACAAAUUUAGCUGACUUGAGAUUCUGAUGCAACUAUUUACCUUAAGAGUCACUGAAGGUAGCGCACAGAAUCAGGCCCUUCAGCCCAACUUGUCCAUGCUGACCAAGGUGUCCUUCUGAACCAGUCCCACUUGCCUGCAUUUGGCCCAAAUCAAUCUCCACCUUUUCAAUCCUUGUAUCAUCGAAAUGUCUUUAAAAAAUUAAUUGUGUUUGCCUCUACCACUUCCUCUGGUAGCACAUUUCACAUGAUCAUCAUCCACUGUGUGAAGUUGGCCUUCAGAUUCCAUUUAAAUCUUUCCACUCUUACGUCAAACCAAUGCUUUUUGGUUUUAUACGCACAUAUCCUAGGAUAAAGUCUCUGACCUUACCUGUGCCCCUCAUGAUUUUAUACAUGUCUGUAAGACCACCCCACAGCCUUUACCACUUCAGAGAAAACAGUCCCUCCCUGUCCAAUCUCUUCUCCAGUCCUGGCAACAUCCUUCUGCCUUCUGAAUCUUUUUUGCAUACUCCCUCUAACUUAAUCACUGACUUUUUACUUGCCUGUCCGUGUUUCUCUCCCAGCACUUUCAAGGAAAUAUGUACCUUGUGUCUCUCUGCCUCUAUAACACUCCCCUGGGCCCUGCCAUUCAAGGUGUAUGCCCUGCCCUAGAUUAACUUCCCAAAGUGUAUUACCUUACUCCUGGAGGCGUACAACAUGCAAACAAGCUUUUAAGGUUAACGUCUUUAAUACCAAUAAAGAUGUCUUCCUGAACUUGUCUCAUCAUCUGCAUGUGGCCCACAUCAUCCCAGGCCAUUUCUAUCCAUGUACCCGACCAAUUGUCUUCAAAAUUGAGAUUGUACCCACCACUUACAGCGUUCUCUGGCAGCUUGUUCAAUAUACUACCCACCCUCUGCAUGAAAAUGGUUGCCCCUGAAAUCUCUAUAAAAAAUCUUUCCCCUCUGCUUAAAUCUAUACCCUCUUUGAAAGGUCAGCACAAUAUCGUGGGCUGAAGGACCUGUACUGUGCUGUAAUGAUCUGUGGUUUCAGACACUCUAUCCUGAAAACAGACCGUGACUAUCACUCCUCAUUACAUAGAUCUUUAUCAGGUGAACACCCAUCUCCUGAAUGUUCCCACCUCUUCCUAUAACAUGAGCCCUCCACUCCCAGUAAAUCUCUUUAAUCUUUUCUGCAGCUUUUCCAGCCUAAUGGUGUCCAGUAGCUGGAUGACCAGAGUUAAAAUUCCAUCAGCUAUCUCUUUGCCUGCUUGCCCAGCUGAUCUAGCAUUGGUCUUCUGUGUUACUAACCUCCCCGUAGCAUAGUGAGGUUAGCAGGUAGAUGAAUAUUUUACGUAUGUAUUUGAUGCUAGAGUGUGCCUCAAACUUAAGCUAGCAUUUCUGUCAUUAAAGUAUAGCCUCACCAAAAGAUUUAAAAAGAGGUGUAAAAAGCUGUUAGUGUAACUGUUAACUGAAAGGGGACGGCCUGCGUGACUAGGUCUGGAUGUUUAACACAGUGUCUUGGUUAGCACUAAUGUACUCAAAUGGCUCUUCUAUCAUUCCUUGUAGUGUAGUUGACAUCCUGAGAUAACUCCUGAAUCAAUAAAGGACUCUGGAAGAAUCAACAAAAUGCCAUUUUGGCAAGCAGCAACAGUUGAUUAUGAUGCAGUGUCCAGGAGUUGAGUAUAUUCUCUAUAUAUUUUGUAUAUUACUUUACAUUAAAGUAUUGGGAACUUCGGAA